CGUAUUCGACAGUAAAGUUGUAGUAGCUUGGCUCGCCGAUUAUAUCUAUAUAUAGGGCCCAUAGGGGGAUAAAUAAUAAAUCGUACGACCGACCACCGACCGAGUACCGGUGACCGAACCUCCGAACACUUAGCCACUCGGGACGCACACACGCACACGUUCGCGCUACUCUACUCUAUUCUACUAUUGGAUUUCGGCUUUUUUUUUUUUUCGUUCCGUUUCGUCUGAUAGUAAGACGUCUCGCGUAUGCGCGCCCCGCUCGCCGGACGUGAUAAUUCGCAGUUCCGUUAGCGCACCGCUCGUGUCAUCCGCCGUUGAUGGUGUUCCAUUGGCCGUUCAUAGUCGACUCAACGAACGUCUACGACGCACGUCAUGGCCGAGGUGGCCAGGAGAAACGAAGCACCGCCAGGCGAUGGGGCUGGUAAUGUGGAACCAGCGCAAGGCGAACAGCCACAACCCCAACAAGGACGGUUUAAUAUGUUCUUUGGAGUUGUGAAAACAUUAAUUGUUAGAUCAUUAAUUAUCUAUUUCAUUACAUCAAUGUUCAAAAAGCCAUCAACUGUACCUCCUGAUGGUGUUACUCAAGUUGCAGAUUCCAUUCCAAAUGUCAAUUUUUUUGAGUUUGGUACUAAAUUUGAUAUGUAUGUCUAUUUAUCAGAAGACAGUCUUUUUAAUGUAAUAGAUGAUAGUGAACUUGUCUGGAAAAAAACAGAUUUAGAAUAUGGAGACUGGACUUCAGGACCUAAUAAUGAUGGUACUUACACUAUCCAAAAAUCUUUCAUUCCAUCAUCGAAUUUGCAAAAUAAUGGAUCAAUUUAUUUACAUGUGUACUUUAUUAAAAAGACAAAUUCAAAUAUAAGUAAAAAUGACCCUUACGUUGUUCAUGCAUCAAAACAAUUAAAUAAGUUUAAAAAAGUUAAAUUCUUAAAAACUCAUAACUUACUUACUGGUGAAACAUCUGCCACUCCAGAACAAAUCGAAAAAGCUGAAAAAUUUGAGACUGAAAUAAUAUCACAUUGGCAUCCAAAUUUGACAAUUUGUUUAGUAACUGAUCAAACUAAUUGGACUAAAGGAUCUCUCCCUGAGCCAUUUUCUGAAUAUCUAGAAUUCUUACCGCACAAUCGAUAUAAGCCAAUGGUAUUUUUCAAUGAUUUUUGGAACAUGCUUAGAGACUAUCAACCAAUUAAUAAUACUGUGAAUAAUUUGGAUUUAACACUAACAUUCCAACCAUUGUCAUUAUUUAAAUGGCAAAUGUAUUCGGCUCAGACCAUGCGAAAUAAAUGGACUGCUGGAUUUUUAGGCGAUACUUUUGCAUCAGAUGCUAAUGAAGACGAUCAAGAUCAAGAUUCAUUAAAAGAAGCAUUGUUAGAGACUUCACCAUAUAUUUUGGCAGCUACAAUUAUUGUAUCAAUAUUGCAUAGUGUUUUUGAGUUGUUAGCUUUCAAAAAUGAUAUUCAAUUUUGGAAGGAACGCAAGUCUUUGGAAGGUCUAUCUGUACGUGCAGUAUUUUUUAAUGUAUUUCAAUCUGUUGUUGUGCUAUUGUAUGUGCUUGACAAUGAUACAAACACGAUCAUUCGCAUCAGUUGUUUCGUUGGAUUGGGUAUUGAAUGUUGGAAAAUCAAUAAGGUGUUGGACAUAAGUCUUGAUCGGCAAACACGGUAUUUAGGUAUUAUUCCAAAAUUUAUAUUUAAAGAAAAAGGGUCCUAUGCUGAAUCCAGCACAAAGGAAUAUGAUCGAUUGGCAUUUAAGUACUUAUCAUGGGUAUUAUUUCCUCUCCUUGCUGCAUAUGCAAUUUAUUCACUCGUCUAUGAAGAACACAAAGGAUGGUAUUCUUGGGUACUCAAUAUGUUGUAUGGUUUUCUACUAAUGUUUGGUUUCAUUACAAUGACUCCACAAUUGUUCAUUAAUUAUAAACUCAAGUCUGUAGCACAUCUUCCUUGGAGAAUGAUGUCUUAUAAAUGUUUAAAUACAUUUAUUGAUGAUAUAUUUGCAUUUGUUAUUAAAAUGCCAACAAUGUACCGUUUGGGUUGUUUUAGAGAUGAUGUUGUAUUUUUCAUAUUUUUGUACCAAAGAUGGAUAUAUAGAGUAGAUCCGACUAGAGUAAAUGAAUUUGGAUAUGCUGCCGAGCCAGUUGAGGAACAGCCACAAGCCAUUGAAGGAAAGCCACAAGCAAUUGAAAAUGAGAAACCUGAAGAUGAUAAAAAGAAUGAUUAAUAAAAUCUUCUCAAUUGACAUAUUUAACAGUCACUAGAUGUAUUUUGUUUCAUUUUUUUUUUUUUAAUAAUUAAUAUACCAAAACAAAAUAGAAAAUAUUAUACCGAUUUACAUAAAGUACUGCUUUAGUAAUUUAAUAAUUUACAAAUAUUGUUCAACUAUUAUUGUAAUAAGAUAGUGAGUUUGUAUGGAUAAAUUAAGUUUCUUUUUUUUUUUUUGUUUUUUAAUUUUUGUUAAAGGGUAUGGCACCUAAUUUAUAAAGUAAUAGUUAAGACAAAUGGCGUGCAAGUUAAAAUAUUUUGUUUUGUGUUUUGUAUUGUUAUCAUGUAUAAGGCAUGGAAGUUCAUGCUUUUGCACAGUUCAAUGUAAACUUAUGAAAAACUUUCAUGCAAUGUAUGAAUUUAAAUAAGUUUAUUAAUCUAUCAGAAUUUAAAAUGUUUUGUAUUAUAUACAAGCCUUCUCUUAAUUAAAAUAAUAUAAUUUUCUUUUAUAAUACCUCGGUCUGUCAAUGUUUCUUCAAUAUAUUUUUAAUCACGCUAAAUGCAGCUGUUCAAAUCAUUUAACUUAUGUUAACCUUAACUAUUUUUACUUUAUAUUAAACCGUUUAUAGAUAAAGAAAAUACUAUUAGUAGAUUUUAAUGUGCAAGAUAAAUAAAUGGUAAGCAUACUUAACUGUUUUUAAAUGCAUGAACGUCCAUGUCCUUGUAAACAAAUAUAAUUAUUAAGGUUUUGUUAUACAAUUAUUAGUUAGAUUAUCAAGACAAAUUUGAUGAAACUCAUUUAAAAGAUUGAUUAAUUUUAAUACUAUAUUCCAAUUAAAUAAUCGCUAUUUUCAUGUUGUACUAGAACAUAUGUUACUUAUGAGUUACAUCAAAAAGUGAUUAGCAUUUUUAAUUGAAUAUUUGUUAUUGUAAAAUAUUGGAUAUCUUAUUUUAUAUACCGAAUUAAAUUUUUCAAAAAUAAAUAUUUCAACAUUUUA